AUGCCAUCUCUAAGAGCAUGUUACGAGGUUGGACUGGAUUUUGUUGAAUUCUUGGGGGAUAGGAAAACGAAAACAGACAAACAUGAGCUUCGGGAAAUUUACAACUUGGAAUUUAAAAGGGGACGUGUCAGCAACCCACACUUUUCCAACGUGAUCUAUGCCCUGCAGAAGUUCAACAAAGCAAGCGUCAGACAAGGCAAAGUGUUCCUACAUGCCAAACCUCAAGUACGUGUGUACUACUGUGACCAGUGGAGAACUCCCCAACAGAGACCGAAAGCCAUACAGGAGGAAAAUGGAGGCUCUGUGGCCUCCUCCUCUAGCCGCUCUCCCUCUGUAGUGAACCCAGUGCUCACCCCAAAGAAGAGACUGGCAAAGGAGGUCCUUCAGAGGCUCAGAGCGAACAGAGCUGAGCUCAUUGCCGAUAAAGGGGGUAUUGAGAUCACUUCAGACCCAGGAAGCACUCAUGGGAAGGUUCAGGUCAACAUCCAAGACCUCGGAAAAUUAUUUACUGUCAGGUUCCACAUCAUGAACAAGGGGGAGAACUGCAUUUACUUCAGCUACUACACAGCACUCCACAGAAUCUGCUGCUUUACUCUGGUUGACAAGCGGAGAGUGACACGGGUUUGUCCACUACUCCUUUGCCCAGGAGAGAGCUAUGAGGUGGAGGUACAGUAUUGCGUGCAUCACUAUGGACAUUUCCCGGCCACCAUGUAUUUUGAGUUCUGUCCAGAAUCUGAACCCCCUGGUCCUCCCAAACCCUUCUGUAUUGUGAGGGAACUGGAGGCUGUGGUGUGCACUCUGCUGGCCGUGAAGCUGGGACCAGUGGCCCCAUAUAAGUCUCAGCGUAGAGGAAGGCAAACGGUUGGACGUGUGGUGGAGGAGGGAGAGGCACCAGAGAGUUCCUACUCACACCCUCUGAAGGUUGUGGUGAAAUUAAAGGACUAUAAAUAUCCUGUCUACCUGAAGGAGUUAGUUAAAUACAGACUGGAAGACUCGGAGCAACUUUCUCCUGCGGCAAGACAGAAUCUUCCCUCUGUGAGAGAGCUCCUGGACAGCACCUUAUCCGUAAAAAACUACUCAAAACGUUUUCACCUCCUCCUGCACCUAGAGGAGAUUCAGAUGGAGGUGGAUAUCACGAAGUAUGACCUAUCCAGCCAAACCAUGACUCCUGACCCACGCAACAAAAAGCUGCUAAUUUUACAAGUUCCUGGCGUGGCAGAAAAAAGGCCGUCUGUCUUACGGGGAGACUACCUCACUGUGUUCCUGUCUAAGGACAAAACGGAACCCAUCACUGUGUAUAAGGGUUAUGUCCACCAGGUGGAGCUAGACCGAGUCAAAUUGAGCUUCUCCAAAAAGCUUCUGCAGCGCUUCAUCAGCAACAUGAAGUUUGAUGUGGAGUUCAGCUUUAACAGAUUCCCUCUGAAACUCCAGCAUCGUGCUGUGGAGCUGAUCGGUCAGCACAGGCUGGGGGCGGUGCUCUUUCCCUCAGACCACGGAGUCAGAGACACAUCUCUUCCUCAGCUCAGGAUGUGUAACCGUGACCUGGAGACCAACCCAGAGCAGAGUGCAGCUGUGCAGCACAUUGUCUCUGGGCUGUCCAAACCAGCUCCCUACCUAGUCUUCGGACCCCCCGGGACAGGCAAAACAGUCACUCUGGUGGAGGCUAUAAAGCAGGUAAUUAAGUCAUGCCCUUCUGCUCGUGUUCUGGCCUGUGCACCUUCUAACAGUGCAUCAGACCUGCUGUGUGAGCGGUUGCUAGGAUAUGUGGAUGGCCAUCAUCUCUACCGUCUCUAUGCCAGCAGCAGAGAUCCAAGCACUGUUCCCAAAAAGCUGCAGAAACACAGUAACUGGGACGCUGCUGUGGAUGGCUUUGUCUUCCCGUCAAAGGAGACUCUGAUGGAAUACAGAGUUAUCGUGGUCACCUUGGUAACAGCUGGACGGCUUGUGUCUGGAGGCAUCCCUCCCACUCACUUCAGUCACAUCUUCAUUGACGAGGCCGGACAAGCUGUGGAGCCUGAGUGUGUUAUUGGAGUUGCAGGACUGCUCCAUCCUGAGAAGGGUCAGCUGGUGCUUGUUGGAGACCCCCGGCAGCUGGGCCCAGUCCUGAGAUCACCCCUGGCAAUGCGCUGUGGACUCGGACUGUCACUGUUAGAGAGACUGAUGAGGGAAAAUCUGCUGUAUCAAAAGAGCACCGGGAGCGGCCAGUAUGACAGGCGCUUCGUUACCAAACUCCUGCGGAACUACAGGUCUCACCCAGCCAUACUGAGGAUCCCCAAUGAAAUGUUCUACGACAACGAGCUUCAGGUGUUUGCUAAACAGAUGGAGCGUGAGGCUUUCAGUAAAUGGGAACAUCUGCCAAAGAAGGGAUUCCCGGUGAUCUUCCAUGGAGCUAUGGGAAAAGAUGAGAGAGAGGCCAACAGUCCCUCUUUCUUCAACGUCACAGAGGUGGAGAUCCUCGUCAGCUACCUGAACAAGUUAAAAGAAACUCAGGGUAAAAAAGGCCUGCCUAAACUUUCCCCUUCAGACAUCGGUAUCAUCGCCCCCUACAGGAAGCAAGUGGAGAAAAUUCAGACUGCUCUGAGGUCAGUCCGAGAGCUGAGCCAGUGGAAGGACAUUAAGGUGGGGUCAGUGGAGGAGUUCCAGGGCCAAGAGAAGAUGGUGAUCAUGGUGUCCACUGUCCGCAGCAGUCUCAGCUAUGUUAAAAUGGACCAAGACUUCAACAUGGGCUUCGUCACAGAUGAGAAGAGGUUCAAUGUGGCAAUGACCAGAGCAAAGUCCCUGCUCAUUGUGGUGGGAAACCCCGUCAUUCUGACCAAAAACCGCACCUGGCAACGCUUUAUCCAGUACUGUGAAGAAGAACAGGGAUACACUGGCUUUAACUACAGAGAUGCUGAGGGAGAGGAGGAACUCGUUAGUCGCCUGACGACCCUUAAAAUCCACACGGAAUGUGACGAUUUGGAAGAGAGUGCACUACAGAGCCAUGUGCAUCCAGAAUGGAGAAAUGAACACUAAUGCAUUUGCUGUCAAUCAAUCUAUCAGUCAACCAGUCAGUCAGUCAGUCAGUCAGUCAGUCAGUCAAUGGGUUAACAGACAGUCCAGCUGUAGGCCAGUUAGACCAGUAUCCUGCCGCUGGUCACACUGGGGGGUUUUCUCAUUAAGGCCUUUUAGCCCCUUAGCUGUGGUGGUGAUUUGUUUUCAGUGAUUUCCACAUAUUUUAGAGUAUUUCUGACGCAAAGAUUAACACAUGCUAUAAACAUAUUUGUUUUAGAUGCUGUUGUCUUGUUAAACAAUGAAAAUAUGAAUAGGUAUUUGGGGGCUAUGUGUGCUGAACAACUCUCUCAGGUUUAGUUUAUAUGACAAUGCUUGUGUACAUGAUUGAGGAUGUUUAAUGAAAUGAUAAAAGUUAUUGCAAUGUGUGCUGUAUAAAAGAGAAACCAUCUCAGUAUUUUAUGAGGGUGAGUCAUAUGGCAUGUGGCAUUACUUACUGUUUUGACCAAGUAUAUUUUAACCAUUUUAGUCCAGAGCAAAGUUUAGUCACUGACAGUAGAGAACCCAAACAUGUCUACAUUUUAGGAUGAUGAA